AUGAAAACUUCAAUGAAUAUUUCCUUGGAGCAAUUAGAAGCUUAUAUGGUGCGUCAAGAAAAGAGGUUUGAAGAGUCCCAUAUUAGAAUCAUGGAAACCCUGAUGCAGAAAUUCUGCCUGUCCGAGAAAAACCCUGCUUCUAGUGAAUCUCAAGUAUCACAUACUGAUUCAGUCAUUAACGCCAUCCAUGAAUUUAAUUUUGAUGGUGUAGCAGGUGUAACUUUCGAGUCGUGGUUUAAGAAGUAUGAAGAUUUGUUUUAUAUUGAUCUUUGCAAACUGGAUGAUGCUUCAAAAGUCAGAAUACUUCUUAGAAAACUUGGGACUAUGGAACAUGAACGCUAUAGCAACUUCAUUCUUCCGAAGAACCCACGAGAUUUUAGUUUUGAUGAUACAGUCAAAACCCUAUCCCAAAUCUUUGGAGAACAAUCAUCUCUAUUUAAUAUCCGUUACCAGUGCUUAAAGUUAACGAAAGAACCAGGAGAUGACUGGGUGAAGCAUGCAGGAACUGUGAACCGAGAAUGUGAGAGAUUUAGAUUGUCGUCCAUGUCUGAAGAUCAGCUUAAAUGCUUAGUAUCUAUCUGCAGCCUGCGUUCACCCGAAGAUGCCGAUAUCCGAACCAGAAUCCUAAGCAAACUCGAACACUGCCCUAAUAUGACCCUGCAAGAAGUGACUACUGAGUGUCAAAGGUUAGUAAACUUAAAGCAUGAUACCUCAAUGGUAGAAAACGGUAACUGUUUCCGUAACGUCAAUGCAGUCCAGAAAAAAUCCUUCAAGGUUCCAGUACCCAUAA